AUUACGACGAUAAUUGGAAAUUGAUUAUACGACACGCUCAAGUGUCGCGAAUACGAAAUAAUAUCUAAUCAAGAAUGGAGAUAAUUUCUAGAUUGCUUCUAAUAUUCACAUUAAAUAUAUUGUGCACAAUGACCGGUUACGCAGCGCCAUUAUUAGAUGCAAAGGACAUUUGGGGCCAAAAUGUUUUUGCACCUGUAAUAAAGACAGCGUGUUCCUCCGAUGGACAAUGCUGGGGAUGGUUACCGAAAUCAGAAACAUAUGACAGCACUGUCAUUGUAUCCGAACAAGAUAGCGAUAUCUCAAGAUUGCAAUCUCGGCGUCAAAUUACAAACCCGGUAUCCGAAAUCAUGUUAAGAUCGUGGAAAGAUAGCAUGUCGGAAGAGGCAGGGCGAGAAGUUCGAGCGCCCUUGCCAAUUAAUAAACAAAUACCGACUAAAAUCAUGAAAAAGGAUGUAUUUAUGUCUCGUGGUUGGGGCGCCGGUGGCAUGCCAUUUUCCGUUUUGUAUAUGAAUCCACGAUCAAAUCACGCAGUUACAACAUCGACAUCUCAACGACAAGAGUCCGGUAUGACGACUGAAAGUUCGACGCCAUUCGUAGAGCAUCCUAAUUCGCGCAUCGCUCCACGAAACGGCCAAUCUACCGUACAACCGAGAAGACAAUAUUGGACCAUACCACAGCUUUUUAUAUCGUAUGGUUGGGGCCCAUUCGGGAAAUAGGAACGAAUAACGAUGAUAUAUUCAAUAUUAAAGUAUCAUCUUGACGAAAAAGAGAGAAGAGAGAAGAGAGAAAUAAAGUAAAAAGAGAGAGAGAGAGAAAGAGAAAAAGAAAGACGCACUUUGCGAUAUAUUUAAAAAAUGUGCAAAUACGUAACUCCUUAAUACAAUUACCAAUAUUUUGUUAUAACUGUAAUCAAUUCGUUUUAAUACCUGAGACUGUAAUUUUUAGAUUUCUCUUCAUACAGUAUUUUUUUUAGUAUAUCAUCUCGCGCAAUAAAUUUGUAUUUUUAAAUUCUAAAUAUAUUGCAUUCACGUUAAGCGAGCGAUAACACUUGAAAGUUAUAUGAAAAUAUCCGUUAAAAAAAAUUUUGUGUCCAACACAAGCAAUCUAUAAAAAAAAAUAAAUACUUGACUUACCAUU